AGCAAAGCAGCAGAGAGCUGUACGAUUUUUGUUUUUUUUUUUUUUUUUUUUGACAAAGAAACUACUUUGGAGGUUAAUAGUUACUGAUUUAGCAUCCCUCAAGCGCCGUGGGAAAAUCACUUGCACCUUCUCCCUGAAUUGGCAGACCCGCGCAAGAGGACCAAUCAGGUUUCGGCACCUGUAGUGGGGAAACCUCGUCUUCUCUAUUCUUCUAGCCGGAGCUCUUCUGCAGAUUUCUCCUGCUCCUCCUUCGGCGUCGUACGGACUCAAUUUCUUCUUCUCAAUCCGUUUUCUCUGGCCCCCACUUUCCUCAUCAUCAUCGUCGUCAAGAGCUUCAGAAAUCCUCCGACUGUUCUUCCCCUGAAUCGCCUUCUUCUGCUGUGAAAUGUGAGAGCUAGGGUUUCCAGACUCUCCCGCAGCUCGGAACUCCACGAAACUGAUUGGAAUCAAUUUACCCGAUUUGAGGGUUCGACUGACUAGUGUUUGGCUCGGUUCCUUUUUGUCACAGGAGGAAGUCGGUGAAUCGACCUCCGACGCCAGACGCGGUGGAGGAACAGGAAGAGAAAGAGCCUUCGCUUCAGGAAGUAAUCAACGUUAAGGUUCGGCUGAGUAAUCGAUUUCGGAAACUCCCGUCGGUUUUCGAUGAUACUAGCUGUCGGCAACUUGUGGAUUGAAUUUUUGUAUUGAUUUAACAGUUGGUCGAGAGUGGAGAGAAAGAGCGGUUGAUGGAGCUUCUGAGGGAGAGGCUGAUCGAGUGUGGAUGGAAAGACGAGAUGAAAGCUCUCUGCAGGGCUUUCAUAAAGAAGAAAGGCAGGAGUAACGUGACUGUGGAUGAUCUUGUACAUGUGAUUACACCUAAAGGCAGAGCCUCGGUUCCUGAUUCGGUGAAGGCCGAGCUGUUGCAAAGAAUUCGUGCUUUUCUAGUGCAAGCCUCGGUUUAGUUUGUCCCUUGCCCUACCCUGUUUAGCUAGAGUAGUGGAUUGCCUGCACGGAACCUUCGAACCAAGUCUCGUACGAAAGAGAAACUGUUCCAGAUGUUGACAUAGUCUACUUGGAAGGAACCAAGCGGGCUGCUGCUGCUGCAGUCUGUCUGCUGCAAUCCACCCAAAUGCUGCAAAUCUUGAACAAAAUGCUCAGAAAUAUUAGGUGUUACUUACAAAAUGUGUAAUGUAUCAUUAUAUAACAUACUUGUGUGCUUUCUGGAGCGAAUUUUAGCAGAUUGCUUAUGUAAUGUUUCCGAAAUUUGUGAUAUGAAAUUGGAUUGAGCUGGCUCUUUGCGUGUUUUUUCUGCAUUACUACGUGAAAGAACAUCAUAUCAUAUCUGAUAUUUUUGGCUUAUGCAUUUUUGAAUGGAUUAAUUGGAGAUGCACAAGGUUAAAGCAUUAUCAUUCGGAUGAGUGAUUCAAAAUCCAUUUGUUUCGCCUUUGGUUUCAAAUCAAUCAACAUGACUUAC